CGAUGGCCUUCUUUCGAUUUCCGAAGCUCUUCUAUAUGCUUCUACAGAGAGGGAGAGAGAGAGAGAGAGAGUAAAGGAGAGUGACGAAAUCGAAGCAUUACUACCUUAUCCCUCUCCCUACAGAGACGGGGGACCGACACGGAAGAAGAAGAAGAGGGUUCUGCUGGCGGAAGUUUAGGUUUCUAAGUGAAGGUGAAUCGAUCGGGAUGAGUAAGGAACGGCAGCCAGAACCGUUGGAUUUCUUUAUCUGGACGGUGGAGGAUGUAGGGUUAUGGCUUGAAGAAAUUAAUCUGGGUGGUUACAGACAAAUAUUUAAAGAAAACGGUGUCAACGGUGAGUAUCUGGAUAGCUUGUCUACAUUUACCACUGAACAGAUUCUGCGGUUUAUCAGGAGGUGCCGUAUGAAAUGGGGAGACUUCAUUACUCUGUGCAAGGAGCUUAGACGCAUUAAGGUUGCAUUGCUCAAAGGAGAGGAGCAUGUUAGACGUCCAUGGUGGGCUCCCCCCUGCCUAUCAGUUGUCUUUGUCAAGGUGGCGAAGCACAAUCGGCAAUCUCGAGUUGUCUCAUUGAAGCAGGAACCGUGAUGUGCACAGACUGGUAUAUAUGUAUUAUAAUUUAUGUUAAGUUAUUGUUGCGGUUGGCUGUCCACAUCGUUCUGCCCUUCAACCGUUAUCCCUUUCAUAUUUAGUCCACUUUAUGUUCAUACAAGUCAUGACUCUCUUUUGUUAGUUCCUUCAUGAAAAUCAUUUUUGUUGAACAUAUGAAAAAAUAUAGUGUGAAGUGGUAUUCAAUGUUUUAUUGAA